CACGGAGCCGCUGGGGGCUGCGGAGCCGCCAUGUCCCGGGAGGAGCCCCCGGCCGGGGAGGGCUCUGCCCGCGCCGCCAUCGACCGUCUCUGCCAGGACCUCAACCUAGACGCGGCCAGUGCCGCCGAGGCUCUGCGGGACUUCACGGCGCUGCGUGGCACGUACAGCCUGGAGGGAGAAGUGGUGCAUUGGUUGGCUUGUGCUCUAUAUGUUGCUUGUCGUAAAAGCAUACUUCCCACUGUUGGAAGUGGUCUUAUGGAAGGAAACUGCGUUUCACUGACUAGGAUACUACGGUCAGCCAAACUAAGUUUAAUUCAGUUUUUUAGUAAAAUGAAAAAGUGGAUGGACAUGUCAGACCUGCCGCAGGAAUUUCGGGAGCGAAUGGAGAGGCUAGAGAGAAACUUUGAAGUAUCAACUGUGAUUUUCAGAAAGUUUGAACCCAUAUUUUUGGAUGUAUUUCAAAACCCUUAUGAAGAAACACCUAAACCACAAAGGAGCAGAAAACAGAGAAGGAAGUGCAGUGUUAAAGAACUGUUCAACUUCUGCUGGACACUCUUUGUUUACACCAAGGGUAAUUUCCGUAUGAUUGGAGAUGAUUUAGUAAAUUCCUAUCAUUUGCUUCUGUGCUGCCUGGACCUGAUUUUUGCAAAUGCCCUUUUGUACCCAGAUAGGAGAGAGUUGCUAAAUCCAUCAUUCAAAGGUUUACCAGCAGACUUUCACACUGCUGAAGUCAAGGCCUCUGAAGAGCCUCCGUGCAUCAUUGCCACACUUUGUGAACUACAUGAUGGACUUAUGGUAGAAGCCAAAGGAAUAAAGGAACACUACUUUAAACCAUACAUUUCAAAGCUCUUUGAUAGGAAGAUUUUAAAAGGAGACUGCCUCUUGGAUUUUUGCAGCUUUGCAGAUAACAACAAAGCAUUGAAUAAGGAGUAUGAAGAGUAUGUUUUAUCAGUGGGUGACUUUGAUGAGAGGGUUUUCUUAGGAGCAGAUGCAGAAGAAGAAAUUGGAACUCCCCGAAAGUUUGCUGUUGACAUGCCAGUGGGGAAAACAACAACAAGAGCUCAUGUGGAGUGUCAUCUUCAGCAGCAUUUUGAAAAAAAAAGAUCAUUUGCACCUUCUACACCACUGACAGGAAGGAGAUACCUGAGAGAGAAGGAAGCGGUAAUCACUCCUGUUGCUUCAGCAACACAAAGUGUGAGCCGGUUACAGAGCAUUGUGGCUGGGUUGAAAAAUGCACCAAGUGAACAGCUUAUAGCUAUCUUCGAGUCUUGUGUACGCAACCCUAUGGAAAGCAUCAUGAAUCGAGUUAAAGAAAUAGGUGAGGCUUUCUGUCGGAGUUAUACUCAGUCAACAGAUGACCAGCCAGGAUCUCACAUAGAUUUUGCUGUUAACAGACUAAAACUGGCAGAGAUUUUGUAUUACAAAAUUUUGGAGACGAUAGUGGUACAAGAAACACGAAGAUUGCAUGGGAAGGACAUGACAGCUCUCUUGGAGCAAGAUAUUUUCCAUCGUUCCCUGAUAGCAUGUUGUUUGGAGAUUGUGCUAUUUGCAUAUAGCUCACUGCGAACUUUCCCUUGGAUUAUUGAGGUUCUUGAUCUCCGACCAUUCUAUUUUUAUAAGGUGAUUGAAGUAUUGAUUCGGUCUGAGGAAGGACUCUCCAGAGACAUGGUGAAGCACCUCAACAACAUUGAAGAACAGAUUUUGGAGAGUCUAGCCUGGACCAGCGACUCUGCCCUAUGGAAAGCUCUACAAGCCUCAGAAAACAAGGUCCCAACCUGUGAAGAAGUAAUAUACCCAAGUAAUUUUGAAGCCGGUAAUGGAGGAAGUGGACUAGGGCACCUCCCUAUGAUGCCAGUAUCGCCUAUUGUGCAUCCCCGGGUGAAAGAGGUUCGCACAGAUCUUGGUGGAAGUUUACGACGGGACAUGCAGCCGUUGUCUCCGAUCUCUGUUCAUGAGCGCUACAGUUCUCCUACAGCUGGAAGUGCUAAGAGAAGGCUCUUUGGCGAUGACAGCCCAAAAGACAUGCAGGUAGAAAAGGUUCUCUCUGAAGGAACGAAGUUGAAAAUUGCCCCAGCUUCAAGCGUUGCUGCUGAAAAUAUCUCUCUCUCACCGGGACAGACAAUUUUGACCAUGGCAACAGCUACUGUAACAGGGACAAUGGGACAGAAAGUUACAAUCCCACUGCAUGGUAUUGCAAACGACACUGGAGGGAUCACCUUGAUUCCCAUUUCAGUGAAUUUAUCUCAGCAGUCUAAAGUGGAGAGUCAUGGACAAGUACCUCUCACUGCUCAAGCUUUAAUUGAUGCAUCUCCAAACCAUUCCCGUAUGAAUCAAGCACAGGAAGCACAUCAGUCAGCAGGAAGCAAACCAAAGAAAACUGGCUCCCUGGCACUGUUUUACAGAAAGGUGUAUCAUCUGGCAAGUGUGCGCUUGCGUGAUUUGUGCUUAAAACUGGACGUUUCCAUUGAGUUGCGCAGGAAGAUAUGGACAUGUUUUGAGUUCACAUUAGUUCAUUGCACUGAUCUAAUGAAAGACAGACAUUUGGAUCAGCUCCUCCUUUGUGCCUUUUACAUUAUGGCAAAGGUGACCAAAGAGGAAAGAACUUUUCAGGACAUAAUGAAAAGCUACAGAAACCAGCCACAAGCAAACAGCAAUGUUUACAGGAGUGUUUUGUUGAAAAAUAGUCCCAAAGAGGUCACAUCAGAAAAUACAAAUUUAACCCAAGAUGUGGAGAUGACAGGUGGUGACUCUCCUGGGAAAGUGUCUCUUUCACUUGUAAGAUCAACACCAGAGAACUCAAGUGAAUUGGGAAAGGAGGAGAGAGGAGAUCUGAUAAAAUUUUACAAUGCAGUCUAUGUAGGAAGAGUAAAAUCAUUUGCACUCAAGUACGAUGUCACAAACCAGGAUCAUGUAAUGGAAGCGCCUCCACUUUCCCCGUUCCCCUACAUUAAACAGCAGCCAGUGUCUCCUCGGCGGAUAUCCCAGCAACACUCUGUUUAUGUUUCACCACACAAGAAUGGUGCCUGCCUGACGCCUCAGACUGCUCUACUAUACAAGUUUAAUGGGAGCCCUUCUAAGAGUUUGAAGGACAUCAACAAUAUGAUAAAACAAGGUGAACACAGGAGUAAGAAGCGAGCAAUUACAAUUGACAGUGACAGUGAGUCUCCAGCAAAACGACUCUGCCAGGAAAAUGAUGAUGUCUUACUAAAACGUCUUCAGGAUGUUGUCAGUGAAAGAGCAAAUCACUAACAUCUACAAGGGACUGAAGCCUCCAGAAUUCAUCACACCUGGGAAACAAUUUUUCCGUUUUCCAGCUGUGGUGUGUGCAGGCAGUUUACUAAUUAAUGUGUAAAAUUGUACUGUCACCUGACUUCAGUAGGAAUGCAAAAAGGAAGUGUUAAGGACUGAACUGUGGGGAAUUAGAGGCUAGGAUCACAUUAACUUUAUUGCUGUCAGACGUGCUAUGAAUCUAUCUGCUGAUUAGCAUGUUGAAAUGGUUCUUUGAGCCAUGUCAGAUAUUCACCUCUAAUCUUCUAGUUUAGCGGUUCUGCUUUGAGCAUGAGGGCCAGCUCCUACUUUCAGUGGUUCUGUUUCUGAAAUUGAAUUGACUGGAUGUAGGAAAGCAGCAGGGGCAAUCACUAUACUCAGCAUUUGGGGCUCUGUUUGCGGGGAAACACCUCAAGCGCCUUUUUGUUUUUACAUGAAGAUUAUAGAAUCUUAUGCAUUACUUUAAUGUGGACAGAUCAGGAGACAACUUGUUUGUUUUACUACAUUAAGGGUUAGAUAAACCCAUCUGUUCUUGGUUCUGCAUUCUGUAUUACGUGAAAAAAGUCACCUUUUAUCAAAGACUUGAUGAUGUGAUUUGAACAGGGUUAAUUUUUGGCUUUUAUAGCUGAGUAUAACUGGUAAAAUGCUAUUCUCCACCUACUUUCAGGAUGUGAACUAAAGUGAAUGUUGUGACAUGGAUUAAGUAUGUUUCUUAUGGUUUGGGAGAGAAAUCAGCAAGUACAACUGCAAAGGCCUAAAUUGAAAGCGCACUUAUUCUAGAGUGUUAGGGAGAUGUUUCUGGGAGCCUCUUCUGAAUUCAGCUUCCUCCAGAGCAGUGAAUUCUGCCACUGGAGACAGCUCUGAAGCACUCCUUCCUUCUGCACAUCGCCUCUGCAGCACUAAAUAUUCAUAGAUACUGUAUCUUAACUGAAAAAGGCUAGCGUGUAUCAAUAAUGGUUAAACAGGUCUGGGCUUUGGCCAUCAGUUACUGCUGUAGCAAAUGUGUGAUGAUUCAUUUAAUGAACUUAAAAUUUCUUUUCUUUAGGAUUCUUAUAUUUUUUUCUGACAAGUGUACUCUCCUAUGUUGUGUAGUAUCUACACAGAAUGUAAGCCCAAACAGAUGAGGCAUGUUUGU